CCCGUUCAUUCACGCGUUUCUGAUCUCCUUGUAAUUACAAUUGUCUAUUUGCAUACUCAAAAAUGCCCGAAAUUGCUGAAGUCGCCCGUAUUGUCCAUCAUCUUCGAAAGAGCUUCGUUGGCAAAACUCUGUCAGUUGUCAAGGCUCAAGAUGACUCCAACGUGUUCGGAAAGGUUGGGACAAGCGCAUCUGAGUUCCAAAAAGCAUUGACUGGCAAGCAAGUAAUGAGUGCUGGCCAGCAAGGCAAAUACUUCUGGCUCACGAUGUCUUCGCCGCCUCAUCCGGUCUUUCAUUUCGGAAUGACAGGAUGGCUCUACAUUCGGGGAGAACCGUCAGCUCACUACAGACCUAAAGACACAGAUGGUCCUGAAGAGUGGCCGCCAAAGUACUGGAAGUUUUCAGUUGAGACUGAGGAAGAACCGAAGGUUGAGGCAGCAUUCACAGAUGCUAGAAGAUUCGCUCGGAUCCGACUCGUCGACUGUGCCGCCGAAGACAUUAGGAAUACGACACCGCUGAAAGAAAAUGGUCCAGAUCCUGUUAUCGAUCGAGAUAUUGUAACCGAGGAAUGGCUUACGAAAAAGAUGAGGAGUAAGCACGUGCCUGUGAAAGCACUGCUUCUAGACCAAGCUAAUAUCAGUGGGAUUGGAAAUUGGGUAGGUGAUGAGGUAUUAUAUCACGCGAAACUGCAUCCAGAGCAGUACAGUGAUACUUUUAGCGACGCCCAGUUGAAGCAGCUUCGUGAAUCUAUCCUGCAUGUCUGUCAGACAGCGGUAGAUCUAUUAGCAGACUCCAGCAAAUUUCCAGAGGAAUGGCUCUUCAAUCACCGCUGGGGCAAGGGAAAGAAGGACGCUCCGAAAUCCCUUCCCAAUGGAGAGAAGAUCACGUUUCUUACAGUGGGUGGUAGGACAAGCUGCGUUGUUCCUAGCGUUCAAAAGAAGACUGGAGCAGUAGCUGGAGAUCUGAAAAAGGAGAAGAUAGAGGAGUUGGAGAAUAGUGACGAACGAGUUGAGUCGAAAAAGCCAGCAAAAGGGAAAGGGAAAGCCAAGAAAGUCAAAGAAGACCCCGAGGACGAGGUAAAGACUGAAGGUUCACCAGCGGAGAAGACCAACGGUAAUACGUCGAGGAAGAGAAAGACGUCAACACAACCAGAGCAACCAGAAAUCGAGGACGGUGGAAAGGGAAGAGCCAAGAAACGGCAAGCCGGGAAGGAAUCGACCAAACCCUCAGCGAAGACCGAUGACACGAGUAAGAGCAGACGGCGUUCGGGUCGGGCCACGGGUGGGAAAGUAAAGUACAACGUUGACGAGUCGGAAUGAUCUGUAAUCAAUGGAACUUUAAGGUCAGAGGAGAACUAUUAUGCACAAGACGUGUGUCAAGUGUGUAUGAUAUGAAGUUUACAGAUUUCUUUAGACUGGAUAAAAGUUGGCCUAGUCCUUAUUUACAUACC